AUGACUUUAAACCAAAAACAAAGGGAUGCUUUAAGCAUUGCAAGUGCUGGACACAACCUUCUUUUAUUAGGAUCGGCUGGGACGGGUAAAAGCCAUCUUAUUACUGAAAUUUGUAAGGAAUUGAAUGAAAAAGGUAAACAAGUGAAACUGACACGCAGCACGGGCAUAGCAUGUGCAGUGUACCCCACCCAUUUAAAACCAAUGACAAUACACAAAUUCACUGGGAUAGAUGAUGGAAGGCAUGAUCCGAAUGAAAUUGUGUCAGUAUUGAAAAACAAUGCCAAGUGUGACAAGAUUAUAGAUGCAAUUAUGACAACAGAUGUAUUAAUAGUAGAUGAAUGUUCUAUGAUAAGUAAACGUACAUUCGAGUCCAUAAAAAAGGUCUGUGAAAUUAAAAAUCCAUGUAAAAUAUUUGGAGGUAUUCAAAUUAUAUUCAGUGGUGACUUUUUUCAGCUCCCACCUGUACCGAACAAAAGGUACAAUGACGAUGGCACAUAUUGUUUCUUAAGUGAGUUCUUUCAAACUUGUUUCUCUCAUACAGUAACAUUAACUCAAAAUGUGCGACAGGAUGAGGAACUUUUUGUUAAAGUUAUAUCUGAUAUAUAUCAAGGCAAUUUAACUGAAUGUGUCAUAGAAUUUAUGAACAGUGUCAAUAAAUCUUUACCGGGUAAUUGUGACAGCCUUAAAUUAUUUUCAACCAAUUUAUUAGUGGAUACGUACAAUCAUCAGUGUUUACUGAAUCCUCCUGGAGACCUGUUUGAAUUCAAAGCAACAGACAAUGGGAAUGCAGCAGAACUGAAAUCUUUGACAGUGCCUAAAACAUUAUGGUUGAAGCUUGAAUGCCCAGUGAUUUUGCUGCGAAAUUUAAGUGACACACUUGUGAAUGGGUUGAGAGGAAUAUUGAAGUAUGCUACUGAGACAAAACUGGCAGUGUACUUUCCCAGUUUACAAAAGACACAAACAUUGCAUAAAGAGUCAUUCACAGGUAAAACUAAUAUGUCAUGUCAGAGCCUUUUCUGUUUUAAUAUUUAA